AUGUUGAUAGCGUUAGCCAAGUGCAAAGAAGAAGUUUGUAAGGAUUUUGGCCCGAUCCAACCUAUAUACGAAAAAAAUAUCGAAAAAUUAAAAGAGAAAGGCGGAAAUUAUUUAAGCGAGACUCCGACAUUUUCUACGGUCAAAAAUGUACUAUACAGAGCGCGAAAGAAAUACCUGUCCGCCAAUAAACUGGUCUUUAAUAGAUUGGAAGAGGUCGAGGUUCCUCCAACUUACAAAAAUUUUCUAGUAUGUGCAGAUGGUGAUGAAGAAAAAAUAUUGAUAUUUGCAAAUACUGUAGCUAAAAAGUUAAUAAGAGCACGAGCAACAAUAUCAACAACGUAUUUUGGCGACGGAACAUUUAGGUGUGUACCUAAACCGUUUGCCCAACUUUACUCACUGCACAUAGACCUAAAUUCGACGAAAACAAGUACCAACGUGGUCCCAGUCAUAUACGGUCUGUUGCCAAAUAAAACAGAAAACACCUAUACUAGAUUUUUUCAGCUCAUUCGAGACUUACUCGGUGUAAAUAUCACAACAUAUAAAUGUGAUUACGAACAAGCACAGAUUAAUGCCGUCAAAAAUAUAUUCCCAGAAGUCGAGGUGCAUGGCUGUUUCCAUCAUUUUAAUGCGGCGUUUUGGCGUAACGAUAAAACGUUAAAAACGAAAGCGACCAAAGAAGGCAGAAAUAUAACAAGGAUGUGUGCUCUCCUACCACUUCUUCCGCCACAGGAAAUGAAGGAAGCUUGGUCUAGUAUUGUUGACUCCGCUCCAAGGACAACAGAAAUCCUAAAUUUUUUUCAAUAUUUCCGAAAUCAGUGGGAUCCUGAACAAUUUGCCGAAAAGUUAAGCUGUUCUUAUGAAAAUCAUCGUACUACUAACCCAUUAGAGGGUUGGCAUAGGAGAAUCAAUGCCUACAUACCCAAAAGACCCAAUUUUUACUACUUCCUACACAAGCUGAUGAAAGAAGCAAGACAUGUGUCAAGCAAAAUUAAUUACAGCCUAUUUAAUAAGUUACCUAAAAAUAGGCAAAAAAGCGAUAUAGCAUUUGAUCGCAAACUAUCAAAACUCUUACAAAAACUUGAAAACAGGCAGAUAAGCAGUAUAAAUUUCUUAAAGAAAGUUAUCUGGACUAAAAUAUCAUUGGGCGUUCAUUUUAAAUUACGCAUUAAGAAAAGGAAACGUAGACAUUAA